CAUACUUCCAAAACACAGCACGGAGUAGAGUACAGACACCAAGCCACAGUCUGCGACCACGACGACGAGAAAACACAACAAUAUCUCGACUUUGGACUGAUUUCACCUACCUACCUGGAUGAAGCGUCGAGACAUAUCUGAUCCCCAUACACGUAUGCGUUCGUCCGGUCGUCAGCCAUGGCCUCCUCUUCGAAACCCGCAAAGUCUAUUUUGAAGAAGCGCAUCGACGAUUCCACCACACCCCAACAAUCUAACGCGUCCAUCGUUUCAGUAGACUCCCCCCUCGCUGAGUCCAUUGCGUCAGCCAAUCCUGCCCAUCUCGCCACGGCUCUGUAUCAUGCAAACCUCAUCCAGCGCCGGAAAGACCUCGAACUCGACAUUCUCUACUCGACCGAGACGCUCAUCGACUACCCCACCACCAGCCUCCCCGCCACCUCUCCAUCUGCGUCUGACAUCUCCACUGUCAAGCAGCUUUUACGCCCCUUCCAACCCUCAGACUUCGACGCCCUCCUUGAAGAGCGCCGCAUAAACAACCGCUGCGCCUACGUGCUCUGCCCCAACCCCUCACCGCCAGGAGGCUCGAACGGUGGAUAUAGGCUCUUUGGCACGUCGGGCAGAUCAAGCAAUUUUCGCAUCGUUCCAGCCGCAGAAGCAGACCAAUGGUGCAGCGAGGACUGCGCGAGGAGGGCCAUGUACAUCAAAGUCCAACUCUCUGAGACGCCGGCCUGGGAACGGGAUGGGGGAUACGGUGGCGAGCUCGAGCUUCUCGGCGAGCGUGAAGCGCUCUCUGAAAGGCAAAGGCUCGACGAUAGGUUGGCAGACGACUUGAAGAAUCUAGAGAUUAUCUCCGACCCGGAAGGACGAGGGGUGGAGGAUAGAAGGGACUUGGCGCUGGAGAGGGGUGAGAUGGCACCAGACGCUGUGAUGAGAGGAGGCCUUGUGGAUGUUGAGGUGAGGGAGAAUGAGAUAACUCGACAAGCUGUGCCGCCGAGUUUUGACGAUGAGUUCGAUGAUGAGGAUGAGCAGGUCAGGCGGAGGUUUGACGCCAUGCAUCUCAAGCACGAAGGGUAUGCUUCAAGGUAAUAAAAGGCAUACAUAGGAUGGUUGUACAGGGAGUUGGAUGGCGUUUAUAGAAGGCUGGAUCAUAUGGCGUUAUCAUGUAUGAGAUACCCGGAGCAAGACUCUACAGGCAAUACGGAGCAUUGUACACAUAGUAUAGCAGAUUCAUCCAGAUCAAAAUUUCAAAUUUC